GCUGGCAAUUGGCGUCAAAAAACGGUGUUUUGCUUUGAAGGUUUCGAGAGAAUUUUUUCGCUUUUCUCUGAUUUCCCAUGAGAAUGAUGAGGAAGAGCAGUGCAGCGAUGGAGGUGUCGUCCCCGUUGAGACGUUCAGUGAAUGGAAGCUUCAAAACUCCUGCCCCGCCGAAUGAUAAUAAUGACGAGCAGGAGCGCGCGUCCGCCAGGAGGAGCUUCAUGGACACCUCAGUCACGUCUACUUCUGUUGAACAGUGCGAGAGUCUGGAGCUGGGGAUGAAACUGUUCCGGGAGAAUAAAUUCACAAAGGACAACGCUUUCAACAUUCCCUUGAUCGAUAGCUUCAAUCAUCUGGUGAUGAAGCAUCAUCGCGCCGUGGGAAGUUUCCAGGCAGCCGGAUAUGGCAUUGAAGCGUCCGCCAAGCUCUACGGACUGCGUGUGGACUCGGUGUACGAGAAAUCUCAGCGCCUGCUGACCGGCUUGGGCAGCAGGAGAAGCAUCAGGGAAGGAGGCGCCGCGGAGACCGACGCUGACGAUGGGGAGCAAUCUCUGGCCGUUCCAGGAACGAGGCGAAAGCGUCAGAAGCGCCCCAGGAGCACUGUGACAUCCAACUUGGCUACAAUUAACGCCAAAUUGGAGACUGUGCCACUUCCGGAUCCCAUUCUGGCGCAAUUCAGGUCCUUCUUCGGCGACAUCUCGAAUCCCAAACGAUUGCUGUGUAACAAGCUGAUGGACAGAGAUGGAAUCUUCAAUCUGGACCCCGACAAACCGCUGCGGCGCAAGAAUCCCGGUAAAGUGGACGUGAAGAAGCCGCACGACUGGAGUCAGGAUGAGAAGUUCACGCUGUAUUAUGAGGAACUGAAGCCGGGAGACAGGCUGCGGCCGAUGUAUUCACACUACGAGAUCAAAGACACACCGGCUGAGGAAGAUGAAGAGGCUGAUUGGGACAUGAUGCAAGCCGCGCCGGCCAACGACUAUCCUCUGUCGCUGGCCUUCGACAUGGACGCCGAGGUUGAACCGCUGCCGGACAAUCUGGACGAUAUGCCGGCGUGCGACGAGGCGGAUCUGCCGGACGUGGGCGAGCUGACGGAGGACGAUCGCGCGGCGAUCAUGGCGUGCAAGGGAAUGCGCCCCAAAUCCGUGCACAUCCGCGACUUGCGCCCCACUGAAGCGCAGCACAGUCGCCUGGAGUAUUCCUACCGGCCGAUGGACAAGAUCUCGCAAUACUGGGCCGGACCGUCGCAUUGGAAGAUCAAGAAGCCGCCUAAAGUGAGCCUCGUUUCCACCGCGUCGGCGCCGAAGCGCGCGCGCCGACAAAAAGUAAUUGACAAAAUGAGCGCGAAGGACUUCGCUGACCAGCCGGAGGAUCUGUUCGUGAGUGAGUCCGACGCGAAGCCGCGGAGGAAGAAUGCGCCGCGUAAGUGGGAGAACAAGGACAAGCUGAAGCUGCCCACGGACCUGAAGCUGGACCGCAGCAUGUUCAAUAAAUACUCCUUCGCGCCCGGAUUGCCGGUGCGCGAGGCGAAGAGUGACGCCGUGCAGGAGCUGCCGAUCGCCGACGAGUACAACUACGACAAUCCCGUGGACAGGAGCUACUGCAGCAACGUGGCGGCCAACGAGGACACGGACACGGAGACGGGCACGGAGCCGGGCGUCGGCGAGGUGGGCGAGGAGGCGCCGCCGGAAGCGAUCGAGCAGUAUUCGAUGCACUUCGCCGGCGCUCCGGAGAAGAUCGAGCGCAUCGUGUUGCCGUUCGCAAAGCGCGCCAAAGUCGUGGACAUGAAGCAGCUGAAGACGGGCUGUCUGCACCUCGUGACCACGGGCGGGCAGAAUGCCACCGUCAUCUCCUUCCAGAAGCUCUACACGGCGCUGCCCAGACUCCUCAGCCCGCUCAUGAGAGAGAAUCUGAGCGUGGCGCUUGCGUUUUACGCCCUGCUUCACAUCACCAACGAUCACAGCCUGGAACUCGCGGAGCGUGGAGAAGAUCUCCUGGACUUUGGCAUUCAGCUGCGGAACGCUGCAAGGCUUCCUGCCAUUCGUCCUGCAGAGAGAGCGGCUGGAGAGUCUUCGGAUGAGGAUUGAGUGAGAUUAGUAAAUUGCUUUUCUAUUUCUUUGGUUCUUUUUUACUUUUUUGCUGAAAAUAACCGAUUAUUCCCAACUUUUCGAAUACCAGAAGGUUUUAAAACCACUGCCAAAGUUGCUAAAAUUAAGAAUUCAAAACUCAAGAUCCAGCUAAAGGAUAUUCUGUUCAUUUACAAGGAUAUAAGUGAAACAUCUGAGGAAUUAACUAAAAUUUAUAAGCGAGAUAGAGAAUAAAUUUGAUAAAUACACAAAUCUUAUCUCAGUUUCUCAACUGAUCUCGACCAUCUCUCAUCGCUCAAAGUCCAGAUCAGCAGCAGAUCGCAACUGUUCCGGAGAAGAGCAUUCGCUGGCCAUGGAAUUCGCGCUCGGCGAAGUCGUGCAGCCUUCACUGGCGCUCACGA